CUAUGGUAUCGAGGAAGGGAGUGAAGCGAAAGGCUUUCUGGCGGAAGUGUCUUUCCCUCGUGUUUCCGGUUGAUCGCUGGGUCUGAAGCAGUUUCAAGAGCAACUGUCUGAGGGGUGAUGGAUCCUCUGCGGGCUCAGCAACUGGCAGCUGAACUGGAAGUGGAGAUGAUGGCUGAUAUGUACAACAGGAUGACCAACGCCUGCCAUCGCAAAUGUGUUCCCCCACAUUACAAAGAGGCUGAACUGUCGAAAGGGGAGUCUGUGUGCCUGGAUCGUUGCGUCUCCAAGUAUCUGGACAUCCACGAGCGCAUGGGCAAGAAACUGACUGAGCUCUCAAUGCAGGAUGAGGAGUUGAUGAAGAGGAUGCAACAAGGAGCUGGGCCAGCAUAAAAUACCUGCUUUUGAUAAUGGACAGGAUGCCCCUUCCCCCCUCUCUGGUCCCCACCGCCACCAAUAAUCGCAGUGCCUGGCCUCAGGGUUGAUCCUUUAUUUUGCCAAUAAAACUUAAAAUGUUCUGUUA